UGUAAAGAAAACCAGGUAUAGCUUUUACUGACUGCAUACAUGAAAACGUAACCAUGUCGACCGAGAGUGUGUGUGAGUGAGUGCGUAACUGUUCUUCAAAGAGACUGUUUGUAAUCAGCUGUCAAAGCAUGCAAAGUUCUCAUUGUAGCCACUGAGAGUUGAGCUAUGUGCUGGGCAGGGAAAAGCUCUCAGGUCCCCUCGGUAUGUUCAUCCAAGCAGUGGCAGUGGCAGUGGAUGCGAACAACAUACUGUAUUGACAUCAUCAGCUUCGCUGCACUCUGAACUACAAGGUGUUUGAAGAGUUCUGUCUACGGUAAGACUUCAAUUGGGCUAGAGAUGGAGUUGGGCCUCACUGACGGCAGCCUGAUUGAUGAACUGAUGGUGCUAACAUCCCAGAGCCUCACCCAACUGGAGAUCCAAGAACACUUCAACGUCAUCAAAGAAAUUGGUCGAGGAAAAUAUGGCAAAGUGCUGCUGGUCACACAUCGUUUCAGGGGGACUCCCAUGGCUUUGAAAGUCAUGCCGAAAUCCUCAACAAAGCUGCAGGGAUUCCUGCGAGAGUAUUGCAUCUCCUUACAUCUGUCCUGCCACCCCUGCAUCGUGGGCCUCUUUGGCAUCGUCUUUCAAUCUAAUGAGCACUACUGCUUUGCCCAGGAGCUUGUCAUUGGGAAGGACCUAUUUGCUGUCAUUCAGCCUAAGGUGGGUAUCCCCGAGUCGGCCGCUAAACGUUGUGUCGUCCAGAUUGCCAGCGCUUUGGAGUUCAUCCACAGCCGAGGCUUAGUCCAUAGAGAUGUUAAACCUGAAAACAUUCUCCUGUUGGAUCAUGACUGCUGCCAGGUCAAGCUGGCUGACUUUGGUCUGGCCCAGAAGAGAGGCACUCUGAUCAGUUUCAUCACAGGGACCCUGCCUUACAUGGCUCCUGAGCUUUGUAACGUUGCUCUCCAAGAGGGCCAGAAAGAAGUCACUGCCCCUCCACUGAAAGUGGAGCCAAGUUUAGACACCUGGGCCUUUGGGGUGCUUAUAUUCUGCAUCCUGACGGGCUACUUUCCUUGGGAGUGUUGCACAGACUCAGAUGACUGCUACCAAGAGUUUGCUGACUGGUCAAGAUUGGGUGAGAAUGCCAACACUGAACAGGACAAUAAUCCUCAAUUGUGGAAGAAGUUCACUCCAGAAGCCAUGGAGUUGUUCACUAAGCUCCUGGCUGUGGAUGCAGAAAAGAGGUGCACCGAAGGGGUGGUAGGAGACUAUGUAGGCAAGGCCUGGCUUAAGAAGAAACAUGGAAUGGAGCAGCAGAAGACAGUAGAAAAAGACAAAGAAUAAUCCUGGACAUAUACUAAUACAAUUUCCAUUUGCACCAUGUGUUGAAACCAUGUACAUCUAUUGAACAUCAGUCCCUAAGUAUAUUUGAAAAUGACUGAAUGAUUUCAACAACGAUGGAUUUGUCCUUUGACUUUCCAUUUCAAAACAUGCGACGACUGAAAUUAUUGUGUCAGGUUUGUAUCAUUGGACUUACACUAAGUUGCAUCUAUUGAAAUGAUUGUACACCCUAAUUUAAAUUCAAAUUCAAUUCUUGUUUGUACACGUGUAUACUUCGUAUGUGUUUUCCUUUAACAUGAAAAAGGUUCAGAAAAACGUUUUUGUUUCACUCAUUUAAAAGUAAACCAGUGCACUUUUAAACUACGUGAUAUGAAGGGAACCCGGGCCAGAAAGGUUUCACAAGUGUAAUAAAUAAGCAGGCCAAAGCCCUGCAGUAUGCAAAUGUUCUUUUGCUGUCUUCUGUUUACUUAACAACAGCUUGGCACAAUAUUGAACUCUUUGGCUGGGAUGUGCACGACUAAACGUGUGAGCAUUGCACGUGCUCAUGGGUGUUGCGAUAGAGUAGCCACCAAGGUCACCCUGCUGAGUGAAAAUCUAAUGUCUCAAGUUAACACAUCACAACAUGUUCUGCAUGAACUGAGUAGGCUUGGGAAUGUGAUGUGUCUAAAUCUGAAUUCCAUAAUAGAUGCAAGCUACCAUGUUGAUGCCGCCAUGUCCGCCAGCAUGUACCAGUGCCGUGGUGUGACUGGCAUGAGAAUGAGACGGUUUUCUUCCUUGCCUCUUCUUUGUCUGGCUCGCAGUCUGCAGGUUCAUGUUCAAAUCUGUAGCCUUCCUGUACUCCAGCUUCUUUUCCCAUUCUUAGUACAACCUCAAUUUAACACAGUCUGCGUAACACAACACCAGGCGAGCUGGCAAAGAGCUUCCAGUAGUUAACGACAACAUUUGUUUUUGUUUUUUGCAAAAAAAUCUUGCUCGGUCUGUGUUGCACAUGAGCAGAAGGUCAGCCAUCUUUGAUUGCCACCUUUGGCAACUACACUAGGUGAGAUCAGAACAUGCAUGCACCAUUGGUUAGCGCCAAUGUGGGUGGAAAUAGACUCUAUUUGCCGGCAAUCAAAACUUUUGAAUGUGGCACGCACACAUCUCGCAUGUGAGGAAAAAUCUGCAGUGUUGUCACUGCUCCUUUUAUCGUGGCAAUGAAUGAUGUAAGCGAGUACCCUCAUUAAAUACAGAAUGAGCUGGUGAUAA